UCUAACAGUGUGCAUAUGUAUGUGAAUCGAUAUACUGACCAGUGACCACCAUGCAUACUUCAAAAAUCAUGUCCCUCAUCUCUCUCUAGUUAUUUUUAGUCGUGUCUCGUCCCUCUAAAAGAUUUGCAUAUCCAUAUCGACCACCAGGAUACCGAAAUUCGUGUGAGGUCAGUGCCAUUCGUACGCAGUGUAUAAAAACCUCUUCUUUCAGUAGGGAGAAUGUCAUUUAGAAAUUCGGAUUUUUAGGUAUAUAUAGAUUAUCUUACUUUUUUGCAAAAUGCGACCCAUUCUUGUUGCAUUAGUAUUUUUUCCAUUUCAAAUUUUGACCGCAUUUCCUCAUUCACCAAGCGAGAUACAACAACUUAAGGAUAACCACGCCCAUCAUGUCGCCAACAGUGGUGGACGAAACUCCAGUGUUGCGGAUACCGUCAACAACACGAUUUCUGAGCAGCGGCUAUCAAUUCUCGAAGAAGAUGGUAACGUUGUUAAAGAAUCCACCAAUGGCACGAGGGAAAAGAGGGUUAUCGAUGUCUUGAACAUGUUCGGGCUAGAAUAUCAUCCCAACAAUUAUCACAACCAUUAUCCGUAUUAUUAUCAAAAUUCCUGCAAUGGACGCUGGCACUGGAGAGAGGGAUACUGGUCGCAUGGAUAUUGGCACCAAGGCCGCUGGGAGUACAGGCGUGGAAAUUGCAACAAUAACAACAAUUGGCAUCAUCAUCAUAAUAAUCACCAUGGGGGAGGAGGUCACCACGGGGGAGGAGGUCACCAUGGGGGAGGAGGUCACCACGGGGGAGGAGGUCACCAUGGGGGAGGAGGUCACCACGGGGGAGGAGGUCACCACGGGGGUGGAGGUCACCAUGGGGGAGGAGGUCACCACGGGGGAGGUCAUCACAGGGGUGGUCAUCACGGGGGUGGUCAUCACGGGGGUCAUCACGGGGGUCAUCACGGUGGAGGUCAUCGCGGUGGUCAUCGCGGAAGAUGA